AUGCUGCGCUUCCUCAUCUUCGCGGCCCUGGUCCUUUAUGGACACAGCACCCAGGACUUUCCGGAAACCAACGCCCGGGUAGUCGGAGGGACUGAGGCCCAGAGGAAUUCCUGGCCUUCUCAGAUUUCCCUCCAGUACCUGUCGGGAGGUUCCUGGUAUCAUACCUGUGGAGGGACCCUCAUUAGACAGAACUGGGUGAUGACAGCUGCUCACUGUGUGGACAGUCAGAUGACCUUCCGCGUGGUGGUGGGAGACCACAACCUGAGCCAGAACGAGGGCACCGAGCAGUACGUGAGCGUGCAGAGGAUCGUGGUGCAUCCCUACUGGAACAGCAACAACGUGGCUGCCGGCUAUGACAUCGCCCUGCUGCGCCUGGCCCAGAGUGUCACCCUCAAUGGCUAUGUCCAGCUAGGUGUUCUGCCUCCACAGGGGACCAUCCUGGCUAACAACAGUCCCUGCUACAUCACGGGCUGGGGCAGGACCAGGACCAAUGGACAGCUGGCCCAGACCCUGCAGCAGGCUUACCUGCCCUCCGUGGACUAUGCCACCUGUUCCAGCUCCUCCUACUGGGGCUCCACUGUGAAGAACACCAUGGUGUGCGCUGGUGGAGAUGGAGUUCGCUCCGGAUGCCAGGGUGAUUCUGGAGGGCCCCUCCAUUGUUUGGUGAAUGGCCAGUAUGUUGUCCAUGGAGUGACCAGCUUUGUGUCCAGCCAGGGCUGUAAUAUCUCUAGGAAGCCCACCGUCUUCACCCGGGUCUCUGCAUACAUCUCUUGGAUGAAUAAUGUCAUUGCCUCCAACUGAACAUUUUCCUGAGUCGAAUGGCCUUCCCAAGAUGGUUCUUAGGUCUGCAACUGAACUUGACACCAACAAGGAAAUAUUCUAAGAGACUGAUGAGUCAGAUAUAGAAAAACAAA